UACCAAGACCUGUGCCACACCUACUGAACAUUUUCUGACAGAGGAAACACGUCGACAGCAAUCGCGAUGCAGCGACCUGAAGUUCUCGAUACACCGGCGGCCUUUAGCACUGGACCGGCAAUGACACCGGUUGCGCUGCAGCAGAACCCGCUGGAGAGCGAAGGAUUGUUGGUCGACAAGGAUAAAAACUCGGCCGACAUGAAGGCUGACUUAGAGGCUGGUGUCGACGACGUCGACCUAGACAGCACCAAAAGCUCGAGCAAGAGCGACGCAGAUCUCAUCGGCGAUGGCAAGAACGAUCCUUCCAAAGAAGACAAAAGGGAAAAGUACUCGGGGAGCCGAUGUGCGUCCCGCGCGUUUGCCACCGUUGGUGUGCUUUUGUUUGUUGGGGCUGCUGCCUUUGGUGUGUUCUAUUUCAAGGACGACAUCGAGAAGCUUCUCAAUAGGCAAUCUCUUGGGUCUGCAGCGACUCGGUCGAGCGAAACAAAUGGCACUGACGUCCUCGCGAACUCUAGCGCAUUCAGCCUCGACACAUACCCACCUAACGUGACAUUGACACCGAUAUUUCAACCCAGCGAACUCACGCCGACAUUGACACCAGAAAUGGUCGAGAUGACCACACCUGAGCCUUCCAUAACGUCCUCCCCUGCGGCCACCGAGCCUGUGACCUCCGAGCCGUCCGCGACGUCAGCCCCGACGACGGCCUCUCAUGUCACAUCUACCGACACCACAUCCCCUUCAGCUACCUCGCCAAAUGUGCUGGAUACCCCGACCCCCGCUCCAACCGUCCCCAAGAAUGACAAUGCUGGCAACACCACCAACGCGACGACUCCCGCCGCAGUCGCAUUAACUGACACGACUGAAGCUAUGAACACAAGUUUUGCGCCGAACACAACUUACCUCUCGACACCUGCGAUGACAUCUCGAUCUACUUUUCGCGCAGCGCCUACGCCAUCCACAACCCCCGAGCCUACCUCGACCACGUUGGAACCGAUGACAGACUCGCCAGAGUUCUCGACGAAUGCCACAGCCUUCCCGAAACAACUCGUGACGGAAAAUGCGACGAAUACCACGUCGGGAAGGUUUGAUAUUGAUGCGUUGUGGGAAAACCUCGAACAACCGUCCGUCACAACCUCGGCCGCAAUCAACACGGUCGAGGCCCUGUCGACCCCCUCUGUUGCUGACAACGAGCAACGUGGUUCCCUUACCUCUGGAGACACUGCAGCAUUUCCGUAGACUGCAGAGCUUAUCUUAUUCGUUGAAACCUGCAUGAGGUAUCCAUCGCAGAUCUUUUCGUUCACCAUGAACGGUGUUGGUUGAAGCACGUUAUCUGCAUCCUCAAGUAGAUGGACGAGACAACAACCCCACUGAUUUUUCUUACAGAUCGCUACGGAGGACCUCGUGCGCUUGGUAAUCAUCGGUUCAAACAACGACGAUUCUCGAAAAUCUCGUCCACCAACAGCACAGCUCAGACGGCAUGAAAAGCGUCAGCUUA